AUGGCCGCCUCUCUCUCCUCCCCUCCAACCUUCUUCCCCCUCUCCGCCCCCGCGCCCCGCCUCUUCCCCAACUCCCCGGCCACUCCCCGACCCAAGCCCAAGAGCAAUACCAGGAAGCCUCCUUCGUUGUGCUGCGCCGCCGCCACAUCCUCGUCCCCUUCCCCUUCACCCACCACCGCCGCCGCUGCGGCCAAGGCCGGUUCUUUGAGCGACAUAUGCAGCCUCAACGCCUGGGUAGUCGGCGACUACCGCCGUCUCGUCGCCUCCGUCAAUGCACUCGAGCCACCGCUUCGGAGGCUUUCUGACGAACAGCUCAAGGGUAAGACGGAGGAGUUCCGCGCACGCCUGGGCCGCGGGGAGACGCUCGCGGACGUCCAGGCUGAGGCGUUCGCUGUGGUGAGGGAGGCAGCAAGGAGGACACUCGGCAUGCGACACUUCGAUGUUCAGAUUAUUGGCGGUGCUGUGCUCCAUGAUGGGUGCAUUGCCGAGAUGAAGACUGGCGAGGGAAAGACGCUCGUGUCCACCUUGGCGGCUUAUCUCAAUGCACUGACCGGGGAAGGAGUUCAUGUGGUGACUGUAAAUGAUUAUUUGGCGCAGCGAGAUGCUGAAUGGAUGGGCCGUGUUCAUCGUUUUCUUGGUCUAACUGUCGGUCUAAUUCAGGCGGGUAUGAAGUCUGAUGAGAGGAGAGCCAACUAUAUGUGUGACAUUACAUACACUAACAACUCGGAGCUUGGAUUUGAUUAUCUUCGUGACAACUUGUCUCGUAAGAAAGAACAGCUAGUUAUGAGAUGGCCAAGACCAUUCCAUUUUUCCAUUGUGGAUGAAGUUGACUCAGUGCUUAUAGAUGAAGGAAGAAAUCCAUUGUUAAUAAGCGGAGAGGAUAAUAGAGAAGCGGCACGGUAUCCAGUUGCUGCUAAAGUUGCAGACCUUCUCAUGGAGGGUGCACAUUAUACUGUAGAACUGAAGGGCAAUAAUAUAGAUCUAACAGAGGAUGGAGUUACUUAUGCUGAGAUGAUUCUUGGGACCAAUGAUUUGUGGGAUGAGAAUGAUCCAUGGGCAAGAUUUGUGAUGAAUGCAUUGAAGGCCAAAGAGUUUUACCGCAGGGAUGUACAAUACAUUGUCAGGAAUGGAAAAGCUUUCAUAAUUAACGAGCUUACUGGCCGAGUGGAACCCAAAAGAAGGUGGUCUGAUGGUAUUCAUCAAGCAGUAGAAGCAAAAGAAGGCCUCAAAAUCCAGGCAGAUUCGGUAAUUGUGGCUCAGAUUACGUACCAAUCUCUUUUUAAGCUUUAUCCUAAGCUUUCUGGGAUGACCGGUACUGCUAAGACAGAGGAAAAGGAAUUUCUGAAGAUGUUUAAGAUGCCAGUCAUAGAGGUGCCCACAAAUUUGCCAAAUAUACGGGUGGACUUGCCUAUCCAAGCUUUUGCGACUCUAAGGGGUAAAUGGCAAUAUGUCCGGGAAGAGGUAGAGUUUAUGUUUCAAUUGGGCCGUCCUGUUUUGGUUGGAACUACCAGUGUUGAGAGUUCAGAAUACUUGUCAGAUCUUCUUAAAUCUCGUAAUAUUCCUCAUAAUGUACUUAAUGCGAGACCAAAGUAUGCUGCAAGAGAAGCUGAUAUAAUUGCACAAGCUGGAAGGAAACAUGCUAUUACAAUUUCAACCAACAUGGCAGGCAGAGGAACAGACAUCAUUUUAGGUGGUAACCCUAAGAUGCUUGCAAAAGAAAUUGUAGAAGAUAAUAUACUUCCAUUUCUGUCACAUGACACCCCAGAUGCCGAAACUGAAGGGGAGUCCACAUCCCACAAGGGUCUUUCGAAGAUAAAACUUGGGCCAUCGUCACUGGCUCUGCUUGCCAAAGCUGCAAUCAUGGCAAAAUAUGUUCACAAAAGUGAGAGCAAUGAAUGGUCUUUUCAGAAGGCGAAAUCCACAAUUAUGGAGUCAAUUGAAAUGAGUAAUACAAUUGGGAUGGAGAAGCUUCAAGAGCGUGUGGCUGAAGUGACUGAGAUGUACCCUCUUUGUGAUGCAAUAGCACUCGCUUAUGUCACUGUCUUAAAGGAUUGCGAAAUUCAUUGUUUUGCCGAAGGUGCUGAGGUUAAGGCAUUAGGUGGGCUUCAUGUAAUAGGAACUUCUUUACAUGAGUCGCGCCGAAUAGAUAACCAAUUACGUGGUAGAGCUGGUAGACAAGGUGAUCCUGGGUCCACACGGUUUAUGGUGAGCUUACAAGAUGAAAUGUUCCGGAAGUUUAAUUUGGACACAGAAUGGGCUGUGAGACUUAUAUCAAGGAUAACAAAUGACGAAGACAUAGCCAUCGAGAGCAAUGCUGUUGUAAAACAGCUCCUAGGCCUUCAAAUUAACGCAGAGAAGUAUUAUUUCGGCAUAAGGAAAAGUCUUGUUGAGUUUGAUGAAGUCUUGGAGGUCCAAAGAAAGCACAUAUAUAGCCUUAGGCAGGUGAUAUUAUCAGGUGACUCUGAAAGCUGCAGCGAACAAAUUUUCCAGUACUUGCAAGCUGUAGUCGAUGAAGUUAUAUUGGGAAAUGUUGAUCCCCAGAAGAUUUCCUUGCAGCCACCUAAGACAUGGAAUUUGGCGAAGAUUUUGGAUGAGUUUGUCAGUUUAGGCGGAAAUUUGCUGACUGAAACAUUCAAGGAGACCCAAGAGGAAGACCUCCAAUCAUCACUUGAGCAAAUACUUAGAUAUGGAUCUCCGGAGGUCGAUAAUUUUGCUCUCCCAAACAUGCCGGUGCCACCUAAUUCAUUCAAGGGAAUUCGUAAGAAAACAUCUUCAGUAUUGAGAUGGUUUGCCAUUUGUGUUGAUGAUACAUCAAAGAAAGGGAGAUAUACAAACACUGUAAAUCUUCUUCGGAAAUAUUUUGGGGAUUUUCUAAUAGCUACCUACCUGGAAGUGCUGCAAGAGUCCCGUUAUCAUGAUGCCUACAUCAGGGGAAUUGAGAGGGAAGUACUUCUGAAGACACUUGAUACUUUGUGGAAGGACCAUUUGGUUAACAUGAACAAGCUCAGUUCAGCGGUGAAUGUUCGGAGCUUUGGGCAUAGAAAUCCUUUAGAGGAGUAUAAGAUCGAUGGCUGUCGGUUCUUCAUCUCAAUGCUGAGUGCCACACGGCGAUUGACAGUGGAAGCCCUACUCCAUUACUGGUCAUCUCCAAUGGAAUCCGAAGAGAUCUUCAACACUACGGAUCAAUAGAUAUAAAAUCACAUCUUAUGAAAUUUCCACCUCAAGAGAUUGCACACCCAGAUACCUUGGAUGCAUGGCGAGUGCAAUCACCUAUUGUGCAAACACGUUUCUUGUCAAGAUGGCCAUCUUGAUUCCUCAUCAAUAGGGCAAGUCUCUGGCGCAAGCUUGACUUGGAGGCCAGCUAGGUGACAUUACUCUUUGAUAUGGAUGAGCAUUAGAUAUAGAUUAGACACUAACCAUUUUUGGUAGCAGAUUACUCCAGGAAUGUGAGUUCUGAUCCUGUAGAAAUGCCAACUUGAUAUAGCAUAAUUGGAUCCAGCUGAUUAUCUACACAAAGUGCACAACAGUGUAACCCGUGUCAGUAUCCUGAUUUAGAGCUGUAUUAUAUGUCCUAAGUAAAAUACAGUUUUUCGCGUCU